AUGUCAUUUUCACAAGAUAAAUCGGUUGCUUCCGUCUUAAAGCUUGUAAAAGCCCCAAUUUACUCGCAUUGUUACUCUGCAGACAGAUCUGUCUUGGCCAUCUCCUGUGACAAGAACUGUUUGGUCUACAGAUUGCAUCCCCAGCCCCAAUUGAUUGCUACAUUGGCUGAUCAUGACAAACUGGUUACCGCUGUUGACAUUUCCAUCCACGGACGUAUCGUUACCUGUUCUCAGGACAGAAAUGCUUACGUUUGGGAGCCCAUGAGUAAUGGUUCAUACAAGCCUACAUUGGUUCUAUUGCGUAUCAACAGAGCUGCUACCAGUGUUUCUUGGGCUCCUAGCGGUUACAAAUUUGCCGUGGGUUCCAGUGCACGUAUCAUUGCUGUUUGUUACUACGAACAGGAAAACAACUGGUGGGUCUCCAAGCACAUCAAGAAACCCAUCAAAUCAACUGUUACCUGUUUGUCAUGGCAUGAAAAUGGUGUAUUACUUGCCUCGGGUUCUACUGAUGGUUACAUGAGAGUUUUCUCUGGUUUCAUCAAAGGGUUGGAUUCCAAGGAAGUCGUUGCUGGUUCUCCAUGGGGUGAUAAAUUUCCAUUUGGAUCCGUGAUUAGGGAAUUUUACCAAGGUUCUUACGUGCACGACUUGCAAUGGCGUAGUAACCAAGAAAGGGUUGCAUUCGUUGCCCAUGAUGGUACUUUGAAUAUUGCUGAUUCUCAAGGAAAUAUCAUCUCUGUCAAUUCUCCUGAUGGGUUGCCUUUCCAAGCCUUACUGUGGGUCAACGACGCUCAAAUCAUCUGUGGUGGGUAUUCCUGCCAUCCAGUCAUGUUUGCUGCCGAUUUCCAAAGUGUUAGAUUCUUGAAGGAUUUGGAUAAACCAAACAAGGGCGGUAACACACCUCAAUCCACUCCUGCAGAUGGUCAAGAAGAGGAAGAGAACGCAUUCUCAGGUAUAUCUGCCUUGAGAAAGUUCAAAGAAUUAGAUCUGAAGGGUAAAGUUACUGCCGAUGAGCAAGAGAGCGCUCAUGAAAACACUAUCGUUCAAUUCAGACCUUAUGCAGAGUCAGCCGGUAAUGUCUCUCAGGUCUCCUCUUGUGGAUUGGACGGUAAGAUUGUCAUUUAUGCCGUGUAA